UUUUAAUUUGAAGACUUUUUAAUCACCCCACCCACGCCUAAUUUUCUCAAGUUACUUCCAAGUUAAAAUACAUUUGUUGGGGGGUGGGGGGGUGUUCGGGGCGUAGUAAAGAAACACGGCCACGAGCAUACUCUGGUUCUUCUUUUUAAAGAGGGCCAAUGCGUGCUUUCCGGUGAUUCCCCUUAAUUAGCUCGUCUCAUUCACCUUUACAUCUCCCUUCCUAAUCCUUAUCCCCCUCUCUCUCUCUCCUUUCUUUCCCCUAUUGAUCUGAAGAAACAAUAAUCUUCUUCUUCAUCAUCAGAUAAUAAUCAGCAGUUCAUAUUUCCUUUUUAUGUCAUCGUUUUCUUCUGGGCUCAAAUUGGACUAGUGAUUCAAUCGAUUCGGUUCCAAAUUUGAUUCGAUUUUCUGAAUCUGAUGGAAUCAAUGGUUAUAGACAUACCUUCAACGGUGAUCUCGAAUCCUGUAAUGUCCUCUGACAGAGUAAUACCAAGGAGAAAAAAGAGUAAAAAAAGUCUGAGAAAUCAAACUCAAAACAAUAACAGUAGCAAUAACAGCAACAGCGAAACUCCGAGUAAUACAACUGAAUGGAAAACACAAGCUCAACAACAAAUCUACUCUUCAAAGCUACUCAAAGCACUCGGUGAAGUGCGAAUCAGUUCAUCAGCGGCUACUCCAUCUGUGCCGGCGCCAAAAGGAGGACGAGCCAUACGCGAAGUUGCUGACAGAGUCCUUGCUGUUACUGCUAGAGGACGAUCCAGGUGGAGCCGAGCUAUACUUACCAACAGGCUCAAGCUCAAGUUCAUGAAGAAACAUGCCAAGCGGCAGAAACUAGCGGCUUCUUGUACCAGCAGGCUACCUAGGAAGCCUAGAGUGGGGAUUUUGAAGCUGAAAACGAAGAAUUUGCCGGCUUUUCAGAAAAAGGCUCGAGUUUUGGGAAGGCUUGUUCCUGGUUGCAGGAAACAACCGCUGCCGGUGAUUCUAGAUGAAGCCACUGAUUACAUAGCGGCACUUGAGAUGCAAAUUCGAGCCAUGAGCGCUCUAGCUGAUCUCCUUUCUGGCGCUUCCUCUAGUACUACUGCUCCUCUUGCUCAGCUCAGCUCGAGCCGGGCUCCCCCUAGUUGAUGAUUUAUCUAUUUCUUCCUUUUCUAUUAAUUUUAUCUAUUUUCCUCCCUCCCUUUCUAUGAAUAUUCCUCUGUCACAUAUGUUUCUACUUUUUCAAGUGUUGAGAAAAUAUUAAUUGGAUUAUUAGUUAUAUAGCGCUCUAAUAAUUUUGCUGGA